CCCCGACUUCCGGCUCUGCAGCCGCUGAGGUAGGAGGAGGCCGCGGCCCGCUCCGGGCUCGGGUCCCGCGGGGAUGGUGUUGGCCGCUGCGGCGGGAGCCGGGACCUGAGGCGGCGGCCAGAUUGAUGGUAGCAGUUAUGCUAACCCUGGCAAGCAAACUGAAGCGGGAUGAUGGUGUCAAAGGGCCCCGUGCAUCCAAUCCAGCUUCUGAUUCUACUCGGAGAGUGUCAGUUCGAGAUAAACUGCUUGUUAAAGAGGUUGCUGAACUUGAAGCUAAUUUACCUUGUACAUGUAAAGUGAAUUUUCCUGACCCAAACAAACUCCAUUACUUUCAGUUAACUGUAAUCCCAGAUGAGGGUUAUUACCAAGGUGGAAAAUUUCAGUUUGAAAUUGAAGUUCCAGAGGCCUAUAAUAUGGUGCCUCCAAAGGUAAAAUGUUUGACUAGAAUCUGGCAUCCGAACAUCACAGAGACGGGUGAAAUCUGUUUAAGUUUAUUGAGAGAACAUUCAAUUGAUGGCACGGGCUGGGCUCCAACUAGAACAUUAAAGGAUGUUGUUUGGGGAUUAAACUCUUUAUUUACUGAUCUCUUGAAUUUUGAUGAUCCUUUGAAUAUUGAGGCUGCAGAACACCAUUUGCGUGACAAGGAGGACUUUCGGAAUAAAGUUGAAGAUUAUAUUAAGCGCUAUGCAAGAUGAUGAUGGGAGAUGAAUGGCAGGACCAUGGAUUUCACAGUAUAGAGUUGUCUUUAACUUUAAACCACACAAAAAACCUGGAUUGUACCAGUCCUGUGCCCAUGUUGUAUUGAAGAAGAAAACUAACUUCAUACUUGUCCAUAUUAAAAGGAGAGUUCAGCAUAAAUACAGCAAGAAAUUGUGUAUGUUGGUUGAAAAAAAAGUUGUUUGCUUACUUAUAAAAUGUUUACUCUUCUGAAACUGUACUGUAUAUCCUGUUGAUGAGAGAUGCUUGAGAAAUUUUUAAAAAAAUCACUAUCAAAAUUGUAUUUACACUUUUUUUUUUUAAUUUUCUUCUUGCCUACUAAAAAUAGUAAUGUGUUUCUGGAACACUUCAAAUUGGCAAUAAAAUGGUCUCCCUGUGACCCAAACCUUAAUGCUGUUGCAUUUGAUGGAGCAGAAAUAAUACCAACUUUCCUGGGAAGUCGCUUAACAAAAGUGAUCAAAGUUUAAUGAAAUGCAUAAAAUGAAGUAUAUCUAAUAUCAAAAUUUUAGUCAAUGUAGAACAUUUUGGCACAAAUUUGAAAUUUGUACUCUGCUGCUUUCAAUUCUUGUUUAGACAACAAUAUUUUAGUUUGUAUGCAUUUUGUGAGGUAGUUAAAAUUAACAGGCUAAUCCAUAAUUUAAGUAUAUAUGUGUAGUAUUAGUAAAAAAUUGAAAUGUAUAUUUUGUGCAAGUGCAAUGAAAGACUAUUAAAAAAAAGUCUUUGGUUUUCAGAUCUAGAUUUGGAGGUGAAAUUUUGGAGGCUUUUGCAUAAGUUGGUGAACAUUUAUCCAAGCCCUAUUUUUUUGGAGAACCAUCAAAGUGUAUUUUUCCACAUUUCUUCCCUCAAAAGCAAAAUACUGAUCUUUCAUUUUAAAAUAACACACAGUGCACCUUUGUUUAAGGCUCUUAGAUAAAGGGAUGAUUAUCUUUACUGUAAGUAGCUAUCUAUCAAAAAUAUUAAGGCUAUGUGAAAGCAGAAAUCCUUCAGGAAAGGGUAGUCGUGCCUCAGGAAUAGUUUCAAAGCACAUGCCAGGAAGCAUAUUAGGUCUGUUAUAUAAAAAUUAUGCUGUGUUUAUUACAUAUCAUAGCUUCCCAUUACUUCUGUGGACUGACCAGAAUGACAUCCAAUAUCCUGUUCAGUACAGUGAUAAAUGAAUGAAGAGUCAUAGACAUGGGAACAUGUAGCGGAGGCAAAAUGGAUUUGAUUCAAGAUUUUAUAAACAGACAAACCAUAGAAAUAAAUGUUUGUGUGAUUUCA